AAUGUUCAAUUUUUCCGCGCAAUACUGUCGAUGGUCGGCAGCAACAGUCGAUGUUUGGCCAAAUAUUGAGCAAAUAUUGUUGGCGCCAUAGAUUGAUUUCAAAACUUAGAGCGGGAGCAAAGACCCGUGUGCUUUUUUAAGAUUAAGAUUCUUGGAGAUUUUCAGAAGGAUAUAGCAGAAGGUUUCCAGUGAUUAAAGCAGGAGCACCAACAAACACAAAACGGAAAUGAACCUCCUUACAACAAGCACAAAAUAUAAAAAAGAAACGCGUAGAUCCCGCUAAAGCUCCUCCAGUGGCUGCAGCAAAAUUAUAGCAGGAGACGCUUUUUGCAUAAUUUUCAAAAAUUAAAGAUUCUGCUCAAAAAGUACAAGGAAAUCGCACGAGAAUGGAUCCCCCGCAGUUAUUGAAGUUCCUAUUGCAGUGGCAGAAGGAAACCGUGAAGGAACCGUGGGCGUGAAUGCCGCACCCACUGCAUUGCAUUCAGUAUUAGCUUCCGUGGGAAGACAUGGAGAUGGAAAAGACCCGAAACCUGUUGUAGCAAAGGAUUAAACAAAAUCAAGAUUAAUAUUUUAAUCUAUGUACCUUAAACAGAAGUAAAGCUUGUACUAAAUGUGUAUGCAAAUAUGUACAUGUAGCACAUCAAUUGCAUUCGCUGUAGUCUAUGGUCAGUCCAUCAGGCAUGCCCUAGCAAGGCUCCAGUGUGGCAAUUGAAAAGUGCCAGCUCGGAGCUGUGUAGGCCACCAGAUGGUGCAAUCUAUGAGACUUUAUAGAACAAUAUUAUUUUGAAUGUUCUUCGCUUUAAUGGUAUAACUUUAAUCGCCGCCAGCCGAUCGCAAACGGGCCAUAUCUAGUAUUGUUCUGGGCUAGGCUGGUCUGGCAAAAACCCAAUCUUACUCAUCCAUAAACGAUUAGUCACGGCAUCACUGUGGGAUUGCUAAACUCGUUGAAAUGUUUCCACCUUUCCCUUUCACCUGGCUCGCAGCUGGUGUACCCUGAUGCCUGUUUAGGGGGCAACACCUGAGUAUUCGGGGAUCUACGUGAAGGCUACUAAUACUGGCGAUUGGUUCUUUACCCCCUUUACAUCAUAUGUAUGUAUCUGCAGGUACUCGUACUCGUAUAUAAAACAAUAUCGUCUGAUUUUGAACUAGCCUAGCGUAGCCGGGUACGGUUCCCGGCCCUUCUGCGCUUCUGUCGUGAUAAGAUCGACAUCACACAGCUGCGCAACUACUGCAUUCGGCAUGAGAUGCCGCUGCCCGUCGUGGAGAUUGUGCAGCAGUGCGGAACCCCACACGCACCUGAAGACGUGGCCUGCUACACGGUGGCCUCCAUCGAGCGCUACGGCAGGAAGGAUGCCCGCCAGCGGGCCGCCAUCGAGAAUGACGGUCAGCAUCUCCGACGAGGGUCCUCUUCCUCGCGAUGCCCCAAAUCACGACGUGGAGGUCGAACGUCGUGGCCCAAGGACUGGGGGCCGCAAGCUGUGCGAUGUCCACAACUACUACAAGGAGUUCUUGCCGCACCUGAAGGCGGCCGCCUUCGAGGUCAUCGAUUCCAAGGACUACAAGAACGAAAAGGAGAUCAUACCCAAAUUCUCGACUGUUCCAACGACAUCCGGGGUGACCCUUGUGAAGGUGCAGCUAAAUGUGGAUUUUGAAAACUGUUGAGCUACUGAGAUUUUUCAAUAGCGUAGGUUUGCGAUAUGUUUAUUAACGAGACGAUGGUUGUUCAGAUUAA